GGACGGAUGGAAAAGACUGGUCAAGGUAUAAUGUUGAAUAAGGGGAUGUGCUUAUUUUCUUUUGUCAGGGAACUUGAAAAGAAGAGGCUGUCAAGAUGCCUGAGACUGGCGGCGCAUCAGUUGCUCCCAAGAAGGGCCUGCUUCUCGAUGACCUCAUCGCGGCCAUCGACCGACAUGAAAGGAACCCGAGCAACAUCCCAAAGGUCGAUACUUUCCAUUUCUCUGGGGAGAGAGUCUCAGAAUGGCUAGAGCGGGUGGAACAAGCUUUGGUCAGGCGGUCGGAUGUUGUAAAGUUUCAACGCAUCCUUCAGUAUGUCCUCCACAGCUACCAUCAGGAGGUGAAGAAAAUCAUAGAUGCGGCUCAAGGUAGCUGGGAGAGGUUUAAGGAGGGGAUGCAGAGGAAGUACCGCUUGGGAGACGGGCUAUUGACUACCGCAGACCUUGAGGCGAUGAACAAARAGGAUUUUACGACAAUAGGGGYCUUUGUUCAAKAAUUUAAGAAGAGAGYGCRGAAGGUCYAUGGGAUUUCGGAGGAAGCACAAUGCGCCAUCUUCCUGGGGCUACUCACGGCAUCGGAGGCCGUCGAGUUGACGAGGCAUGGAGGAGGUAGCACUAAGCUCACCUGGGCCACCAUUGACAGAGGGGUGGAAGUUGGGUGUUUAGACCAGGUGGAGCAACGUCAGGUACGCCUGCAAAGGCAGAAGAGAAAGGAAAGAAAUGCGACUGCUUCUGGGACCCCGGGGGUAACAAGGAUUGUUACAGACGUGUUGGCACAACUAGGGUAUGCGACGGAGCCGGUGGUGCAAAGGAGGGUGGUGACGGCUGUCAAAGUAAAAGGAAAGGAGCCGGUGAUAGACGAGGCUGUUCAGGAGAAGCUCUGGGAAGAGGAAGAGCCAGUGCCGCAGCACCUGACGAAGGUCCAACGCAAAGUGCGUAAUUUGGCGCAGGGCGGACAGGGAUCAGGAAAAGCGCAGGCGCCUCAGGCCCAGGCAGCAACCCCUUUAAAUGUGGCGGCUCCAUCAUCUAGUACGAGCCCCUCGCAAGGUGGGGCGCCCUCCUACGGACAGUGGCCCUGGCCGGUGAUCAAUGCAAUUGUGCCAUGGGGAAGCCCGCCGCCAGCAGCCGGACAGCAAACGAGUAUGCCACCGCCCAUCUACCCCCCAGCCCAGGCCCAGCCUGUGACCCCGCCGCCAUCACCUGCUCCUAGUUCACAGGGCAGUGUGGCAGGAGGUGGGAACCAGGGGCAAGGCAAUCAAGGCAACGGAGGGAGGGGUAGAGGAAGGGGGUGAGGCAGGAAUAGCGGCGGAAGAGGGAGGCAAUGGAAUGGUCAAGGCCAGGGGAAUCAAGGCCAGGGGUACCA